UCCCCCUGUCGGAGAACAGCGGCAUCUGGGAGGGAGGGGAAAAGAAACAAGCCGAGAGAACACGGAGGGGAGGAGAGAGGGAAAAAAGACAGGAGCGCAGCAGCGACGAGGACGUGAACACACUGGAGAGGAGGACGCUGCUGCUUCAGUGAUUGGAUGAAGACAGAACCACUGACUACCAGUAUGGACGCGCUCCAUCCUGGAGUUUCCCACAAUCCUUAGUUCUCUGAUCUGCAGCUGAGUCUACUGAACCCCGAACCGUGACCAGCGCCGGUCUAUGACUGACCUCCUGUCAGGUGAUCUGACUUGUGCCACGAUGAUGUCAGUAGAUGUGACCAAUCGUAACGGCCCCGCUGCCACACCUCCCACCUCACUCAGUCUCCGCUCCUCACACAAUCAGCUACUCAGCAGCGAUGUCAUCAAACAGGGCUCCGCCACGCCUCCCAAGUGUCGCAAAAAGUAUGCACUCACCAGUAUCCAGGCCGCCAUGGGCCUCGGAGAAGCAGUGCCAUCUUCUCCGUCGCCGUCAUCAUCCCCAUCGCAGUCCUCAACCCCCAACAAUCCCAAACUAGCCAAGAACGGGGUCAACCAGCUCCGUAAAGCCGGUCAGGACCACAACAAAAACACAACCGGGCCUGAUCAGAUAGAUCUAGAGUGUAACUCAGAGACUAUAGCGGAUGACCUCAAUGUCAACACGGCAGAGGAACAAGAAAGUCACACUCUGACCAAUAACGACCGAGAGGAUGAUGUCAUUAAGUUAGAUGUCGAGCCAAUCAACACCGACGCAGAGCCCGAGCAGAACACAGAAUCAGACGCAGACUGUAACAUUAACACGACUGUGGAGCUCAAACUGAACGGCAACACGACUGAUCUGGGCUUUGAUUUGAACAUCAAGGCGGAGGAGAGCGACGACAUCAGCAUCCUGUCUGAAAAGGAAAUGAUGUCAAAGAUGAAGAUCAAAGAAGACGGAGACGAGGUGGCGGUGGAGGAGGAGGACGAGGAGCAGGAGGAUGAGGAGAAAAAGCCUCUGCUGAUGAAAACGAGCCAGUCUCCCGUGAAGAGCCGCAAAGUUUCCACAGGCCUGGAGCUCAUCUCCGACCUCCACUCCAACAUCAAGCUCAUCAAAUCGGGCAAGGACUCUCCGGUGCCUCCCCCUCCCUCCCCGCCACGGCAAGCUAGCCCGGAGGACACCCCCUUGCUCUCUGUGGCUUCCUGCUCCUCCUCUUCCUCCUCCUCCUCUCCAGAGACGAAGAAGGACAGGAGGACCGGCGCAAAGACAGACUGUGCUUUGAACCGCAUCCAGAAUCUGAACCCCAGUGACGAGGAGUUGAGUUGGACCACCCUGUCCCAGGAGAGCAACUCCCCAGAGGAGACAGAUAUCUGGAGUGAGCAGUCAUUCCAGACAGACCCUGACCUGCCUCCAGGAUGGAAGAAGAUCACAGACAUGGCCGGUAUCUACUACUGGCACAUCCCUACAGGCACCACCCAGUGGGAGAGGCCCGCCACCCGUCAAGCGCCCCCUGGUCAGACGGAGGAGUCCCAGGCCCUAGUUGACCACACCACGGCCUCAGCACCACGUAAACACUCCCUGGGCUCGCUCAGUCCCUCGCCCACUCCUGACCACGAGUCGUGCCAGGCAGAGGUCUUCUUUAGGGCGUCAACUCGCUCAGGCAGCACCACCUCCGACAGUUCAGUGGAGCCUCUCUCCACUCAUGAACCCACCCUCCCCACAUGUGGAUUUGUCAACAGCUGCUACUUUCCUCGUUCCGCAUCUCUGCAGGGGGUGCCUGAUCCAGAGUGUCGCUCUCAUCUUGAAGAUGAAGACAAGAAACAGGUGUGGAGUGAUUUUGGCGGAAAGAUUGAUAGUGAGGUGUGGAAGGACCUGCAGGCAGCCACGGUGAACCCUGACCCCAGUCUGAAGGAGUUUGAGGGUGCUACACUUCGCUACGCAUCACUUAAACUAAGGAACCGUCCAGCAGCAGAAGAAGAGGAGUCUAGCAGUGUCAACAGUGAUCCAGAAGCAAAGUGUUUUGCAGUGCGCUCUCUGGGAUGGGUGGAGAUGGCUGAGGAGGACUUGGCUCCUGGAAAGAGCAGCGUCGCCGUUAACAACUGCAUCCGACAGCUGUCCUACUGCAAGAAUGACAUCCGAGACACUGUCGGCAUCUGGGGGGAGGGGAAAGACAUGUAUCUGGUGCUGGAAAAUAAUAUGCUGAACCUUGUCGACCCCAUGGACCGCAGCGUGCUUCACUCUCAGCCAAUUGCAAGUAUCCGGGUCUGGGGCGUUGGCCGGGACAAUGGAAGGGACUUUGCAUAUGUGGCGAGGGAUAAAAACACCAGGAUCCUGAAAUGUCAUGUGUUCCGCUGUGACACGCCAGCCAAAGCCAUCGCCACCAGCCUGCAUGAGAUCUGCUCCCGGAUAAUGACAGAGAGAAAGAAUGCCAAAGCGAUGGCAGGAGGCUCUCUCCAGGACAGGAUGCAGGCAGGACUAGACCUCCCUUUACAAGCAGAGUUCCCCACACCAAAGACAGAGCUGGUUCAGAAGUUUCAGGUGCUCUACCUUGGGAUGAUGCCUGUGGCCAGACCAAUAGGUAUGGACAUACUGAACGGAGCUAUAGACAGUCUAAUCGGCUCUUCCAACAAAGAGGACUGGACUCCAGUAGCUCUCAAUGUGGCAGAUGCUACUGUCACUAUCAGCAAAGACAAGGACGAAGAGGAAGUGCUGGUGGAGUGUCGUGUUCGUUUCUUGUCUUUCAUGGGUGUGGGACGUGACGUGCACACGUUCGCCUUCAUCAUGGACGCGGGCGGGCAUCGUUUCGACUGUCACGUCUUCUGGUGCGAGCCCAACGCCGGGAGCGUGUCCGAGGCCGUGCAGGCAGCUUGUAUGCUGCGGUACCAGAAGUGUUUGGUCGCACGCCCCCCCUCCCAGAAGGCCUGCGGCUCGUCGCCCCCUGGUGACUCAGUGUCCCGUCGGGUCUCGACCAGCGUGAAGCGAGGCGUCCUGUCUCUCAUCGACACCCUCAAACAGAAGAGACCUGUCACCGAGUUACCACAGUAACCAACGGUGAAGCACUACCAACCCCCCGCACCUCCACAGUCACCAUGGUAACUAGUCGCAUCGCUGCCAAAAAACCCCAGUCGCCGCCACCACAGACCCUAGUAACCACUGACACACACAGCAAAAUCCCAAGGGGUUUUUUUGUGUUUUUUGUCACGAUUCCUUCGCUUUUUCUGGAGCUAAUUGGAGAUCACACACCUCAAGAGUUGUAUCAGCUCUCGAGCAGCAAUUCAAAGACUAACCGAACAUCGAGAAGGAACAACCGCAGGAAACCUGGCGUCGAUGUACAUAGAAGUAACUCCAGUGCAGAGAAGGAGUGACGGAAAAAGAGAGCAAAAACCGAAGAAGAAGUAGGAAGCUGCCCCCAAACUGCUGAUCUCUCCACGCUCUUAUUGUAUUUGUGUCUGUGCCUGUGCUGCCAGCAUGACCUCGCUCACCGGGCCAUACUCCCCUGUCAUUCACCUGAUUGUCCUGUUAGUCUGUAGUGGCUUCACCCUCUGUCCCUCUUUCUCCUUAUCCUCAUAAAUGUGAGUAGGUAAAAAGGAAGGAAGGAAUCACGAGAGCUGCUGCGGACUAAAGAGAUCUGGCCCACACACACUCACCUGUUCACCUGAUCCUGCAUGAACUUUUUAUAGAGAAGUGAAUCAUUCUAGACGAUAUCAAUACACUGCUGCUGCUUUCAGAGACUGAAGGGGUGAGAAAUCAGAAGCCACAUUGUUUAUCCAGCUCUUUGUUUGUCGUCAGCUGUGCAAGAAUCAGUCUGGAGUGUCAAAACGAGCGGUGACCUUUCACCCGAAAACAUCCCACGUAUGCUUUCCAUUUACUUUUUUUUUUUUUCUUCUGUUAUCCCUCGGAAAAUGACAGAUGAUAGCCAUAAAUGGAGGAAGAGAAGAGACGCAGGGAUGGACAGUGUUACCCCCCCUCCCCCGUUUCCUCUGUUCCCCUCUGCUUUCUGGUAAAACAGACUGCUGCUCCACUCGCAGGAGACGUCAGCAUGUUUCUGCUGCUGCUGCUGCUGCUCUUUGAUACACAUGCUGGAGGAAAUUUGACUUUAAAUCCCACCUCAGUAUCAGUCCUCAGAGACUUCAUGUCCACUAAUAAAAGGGGACUGGCGGCGUACGAGACGAAGAAGAAGAAAGGAGGAAGACUUGAGGAAUGUGUUUUUAUACCUGGGGUGUGGUUGAGAUGAUUUUGUCUGAACUGUGAGGAGGUGAGAAGAAGAGAGUGCGAUUUUAUCUCCAGCCUCGACUGUUUUGAGAGGAAAGCCAACAGAGAGACACUCGAAACAACAGGACUUUCCUGGGCUGCUAUCUAUCUGUCUCCAGGGUUCUGUUCACUUGAAUGCGCCUUCUGUGUUUCUUUCUUACUCAACUGUACAUCUGCUUUCAUCAGUGCCACAAGAUCACAUGCUUUUUGCUGGGUUUUUUUGAGUGUUUUUUUUUUCUCGCACAAAUCUCAGUUAUUCACUCCUGGCUCCUCUUUAUCAUAUAUCUGACAAGCUUGGGUGUAUGGUGAUGACUGGUGAGGUUCUCAGACAUUUCUGUUGGAUGUAGAUGCUGAACAUGUGACUGUUUGCUAGAUCUCACCUGUCAAGCUUUGGAUUUCUCCUCAUGAAGAAACAGAGCAGAUAGGGCUGUAGAAAGAGAAACUGUUUGGAUGGUGAUUUCUUUUUGUUGUCAUCUUUCCAAAAGCCAAAAUUAUCUAUAAAGUAAAUGUCAAACACCAUGCCUGGCUAAUAAUAAUAAUUAAUUUAGCAUUAUUUCCAAAGGCAGGGAGCAUGUAAUCAGGUAGAAACACUUGCUGUUAUUCUGGAGGCAUUUCCUGAAUCCUCAAAGACUUCUUUAACCAUCUGGAUGGGUAAAGAAAACUUAUUAACCUGUUUAUGAAUCAGAACAAAGAUGGCUGCCAGCCAGCUAACUGGACAGAGAGAGAGAGAUUCUCAGCUUGAGGAAUUGAUUAAAAAUCUUUUUAUCAAUCAGCAGAAGUAGGAGUCAGCACAGUGUGUUGUUAAAACACCCUGUGGGUUAAUUAUCUCAACCUGGAUGUAAAACCUAAAUCUUCCCACUGUGUUGUCUUCCAAGGAUUAUGUUAGAAAGAAGUCAUAAUACUGUACUGUACUUUUCAUGGUGCGUUCCAGUUGUAUUUGGAAGUCUGAAUUUCAGAGUUUCUAGUCUGAAGUUUCAACUGGAACGUCAGAUUUCCAACUUGGAAAGUCAGAGAAACCCCACUCACCCUGACAUAAGAAAUCAAGAUGGCUCCUACUCGCAUCAAUAGAAGUGAAUACUCUAAUUUUACUGUUUAUAGCAGUUCUUUUUUGUUUCACAUUAAGUCAGUCAUACACAUAGUUCUGUUUAGUUUUUAUCAAUGGACAUGUUCCUGCCCUGUUUGCAUGUGCAAAAUAGUGCUGCUUUUUGUUUACGUCUGUGUGAAAAAAAAAGAACCUUUAUUUCAUGACUGAGAAUUUCAUUGUAAUCUCCGUUGUGUGUUGUGUGAGGAAGGUAAAGCUCCACAGCAGGGACAGGACUUAGUGAACGGUCAGAUCGUCUCAGCUGAAGGUUUGUCUCGCUUUGACAUCUGUUCAUAUUAAACUCUACAUUUAAAGGACGGAACCAGGAGUGAAAUUGAGAUUUAGUUGAGAAAACUCAGCCACAUCACCUUCUUUUGUCACGAGGAUGUUGAAAUGUGAAUGAGAUGACUUAAAUCUGUCGUGUAUAUAAUUUCAUUUAAUGUAAUAUUUGGCAUUAAUCAUUGUUAUAAGCUAUCUUUUCAUUGUUUUUGAAUGUCUUUUAGUUUUCUAUGAUUUUCUCGAAAUGAAAUGCCUUUUUUGAGAACUCACCAAAUGGCCAAAGUGUAAAAUACUGAUAUACAUUGUUGUAGAUAAGAAUAAUAACGAGAGCAAAUAAUGGAAAACAGGAGAGGCGAUUUGGAAAUUUUCACAGUUGUCAAUUAAGUUGAUACUGAAUUUAACUGAGCAAUUAUCUAUGCAUUCUUUUGAUCUCGAGAAAUGGAAAGUCGUAAAAAGCCUUGCAUGCCCUUGGGAUGGUUGAAAGAGCGACUGUAUGUACUGAACAGAAAUAUUUUUUAUUUUAUUUAUUCUAUUUUAUAAAGGUAUAUACUGAUUUUAUUAGUUGGGGCAAGUAAAAGUCUCUUGACUCAGUGUCAUUGUCUCAGUCCCUGGUUAAACUCACAAUGCUACAACAACAAGCUCCGCUUUGCAGAAAAAAGGCAGAUAAAGGAAUAUAUCUUCACCCUGUACAGUGCCCUGAGAGCUGGAGGUCCACUGCUGGUCUGAGGAGGAGGAGGAGGAGGAUGGUAACAGCAGUGGACUCCCAGUGUCUCUGUCAAGCUCACACACAUAAACAACAACAACAAACAAACACACACACUCCAUUUUCCCACAGAUGGAUGUGUCAGCUUCCGUUUGCUGCUCACUGAUUUGUACACUUUAUCAAUGUAACCAAUUGUGAGAAUAAACAGCAUUAUAAAAUACA